AUCAUAGCUCACAUAGUAACAGAAUCUGCUACUUUGUCACAGUCCUAGAAUACCCUCAUGUUUUUCAUUUUGUAUUUGCAUUUUACUCUGCUGAUUUAAUAGAAAAAUGCAGGAACCAAAUUGUGUGUACACAGCUUACAUUCGGACUGGGCCAUUCAUGGAGGAUGCAACUGACUCAAAAAUAAGCUUGACUCUCUACGAUGCGAGUGGCUAUGGAAUUAGAAUCAAGAACCUAGUGGCUUGGGGUGGGCUUAUGGGCUCAGGGUAUAACUACUUUGAAACUGACCACUCAGAUAUGUUCAGUGGCCAUGGACCAUGUUUGACUGGGCCGAUCUGCAAAAUGGUCUUGACUUCUGAUGGUACAGGCCGACACUCCGCAUGGUACUGCAACUACGUGGAAGUCACCUCAACAGGAGACCACAAACAAUGCAGUCAACAGCUGUUCAACGUGGAUCAGUGGCUUAGCACCGAUCGUUCGCCGUAUCAGUUGACGGCCACAAGAAACAAUUGUAGGCGUAUGUCAGGUGACCAACAACCCAUUGUUGUUGAUGUAAUUUAAUUCGAGUUCAUUGGGCUACUUACAAACUAUAUACUUAUAGAAUUUCUCUCCUUCUUUCUUUGUAUCUCUCUUUUUCAAUUAUAUACCAGUGUGUGGCAAUUUUAGCAUCAAUCUAAUGUUGUAUAAUCUGUGAAGCCCAUUUAGGCCAAGGCCUGAUGUGUACGCUCAUGAAUGCAACAUUCUGGAAAAUAAAGAAUUCGUCCUCUCUUUUCCUUGUU